GUUAUAUUCCUCUAAAUGGGCACUAAAUGGGCAGUGCUUAUUUGCCCGUUUGCCCGCCCAGCCGUAUACCCAAAACGAAAACAAGACAAAACCCGAUCCCAUCUCCUCUUUCUCUCUCUAGGGCAACUGAGCCGAUCCCAAUCUCCUCCGCCUCAAUCCCGAUCUCAAUCACUCCUCCGCCUCCUCCUCCGCCGCCUCAAGUGCCUUUUGAACCCAAAACCUACGACGCCAAUCGAUCCUCCUCCGCCUCCUCCGCUGCCGCAAUCGCUGAUUCGUCUCGUUGCCCUUGUUCUGGUGUCGAUUCCUUCGUCCAUGGCGUCCAAUCGCAGUGCCCUAUUUGGAUCGAGCAGUGUUCGCCUGAGCAGCAUGUUCACUACAACCUGUAGGAGGCUGAGGAUCAUGAAGGGUUCGGAUGCAAUUGGACUUGGGGAAAUAUUGAGGUCUCUAUGGUGAUUUCGGAUUCUAACCCUUGCUAUGAAGACGCACAUAUGAGGCUUGCUGCAGUACUCUUAAUGUUGCUAUUGAGUCCAACUGAGUGUUAUGUUUGUUUCCUGGUCUUUUCUUUCUUUUGUCAUGAUUCUGUUCAUGCCUGAACAUUUGAAAGAUGGGAAAUAAGUGGACUAUGGUUGUGCUACUAUUUUGUUUAUAGACGAACUUACUACUCUUCUAGUUUAUCAAGUAAUUAAGUAGAUUGUCCUUACUAAUCGUGAUCGUGUUGCUGAUAGUUAUGAUGGCAUUUAUAUCAAGUUAUUGAUCUUAUACAGAUCCUUACA